AUGGCCACACGUGGCCGUUACAACACAGUUGGACCAGAUAGACAGGAUGUUUCUGAAUCUCCUGACAUCAACGGACAGCAAGACUACGGUAAAUCGGAGGGGCUGCCAAGACGCUCUUUAAAGACAAGAAACAACAAGUGUUCAGCUGUAGCACCCUUUCGGUUCCUAGCUGCCAUGAUAUUGGAAGUAGGAGUGAGGGCUGAGAAAUUACCAUGUUGCCCAAGCCUAGACAGGGACAGUAGAGAUGCUGAGGUUGGGUUCGAACCACGGGUCUUCCUAUCUGUAAGCUGGCGCCAUCAAUCUCCGUAG